ACUUUAGUGAUUUAGUUUAAUUGAACUUCAUACAAAUAAAAUACAACAACAACUCUACAGCGAAUGGCCAGAAAGAUUCGUAGAAAACAAAAAAAUUAACUGCGUAGUUGAAAAGAAAUAAAGUGCGUAUAAACAACAAUUAAUUAAAUCUAACAAAGCUAAAAGCAAAUAGGAAAUAAACAAAAACAAAAGCAACACCAACAACAACGAUAACGAUAUGGCCACCCGAAAGAAAUCUCUGCUGAAAGUCAUCAUAUUGGGUGACAGCAGUGUUGGCAAAACGUCACUCAUGAAUCAAUAUGUAAACAAACGCUUCUCCAAUCAGUAUAAAGCAACGAUCGGAGCCGAUUUCUGUACGAAAGAGGUUGUCGUUAACGACCGCGUCGUAACAAUGCAGAUUUGGGACACGGCUGGCCAGGAGCGCUUCCAAUCCCUCGGUGUGGCCUUUUAUCGUGGUGCCGAUUGCUGUGUCCUGGUCUACGAUGUGACGGCGCCAAACUCAUUCAAGAAUCUGGACUCGUGGCGUGAUGAGUUCUUAAUACAGGCGAGUCCAAGGGAUCCCGAGCAUUUCCCCUUUGUGGUGCUGGGCAACAAAGUGGACUUGGAUAAUCGUCAGGUAUCUACACGUCGUGCACAGCAAUGGUGCCAAUCGAAAAACGAUAUACCCUAUUAUGAGACGUCAGCCAAGGAGGGCAUCAACGUUGAGAUGGCGUUUCAAACCAUAGCAAAGAAUGCGCUGGAGCAAGAGACGGAGGCUGAACUCAUCAACGAUUUUCCCGAUCAAAUACGCUUGAAUUCUGAUAAUAAUCGUCCAGGCAACGCUGACAAUUGUCAAUGCUAAUGUGAAAGUAAUGAAACAGAUUGCAAGAAUACAAAACAAUUACAACGCAAAGUGCAUAAUUACACAAUCUAUAUUAUAAAUAAUAACAAACAGCAUAAAAUUAUACACAUAAAGAGUAAACAAAACAAAUACGAUGAAAGAAAACACGUUUAAGAUUAAGUAAAACAAUUUCAGCAAACAGAAUAACUAGUUAUAAUUAAUUAGUACGCUAAAUUCAGAUAAAUUUCAGCAGAUUUGUAACGUACAAGUUUCCCGUUAUUACUAUAACUAUAAUAUAUAUUUAUUAUGAUCUGUUCUAUUCGUAUUUACCAAUCAUCAGCAACUUUAACAUAUUGUGUAUGCCCUCCUAGUAAUAUUUUUGCCAUUAAUUAGUAAAAUUAUUGCACGCAACAGCAGCUGCCUCAAGUUGCAAGUUGCUACAUCCGAAUCAAUAACAACAACAACAAAUUACGAAAAACAAAAAAAAAAAAACAAAAUCUUGUGAUUGUAAAUUUAAUAAAAACAAAAAUAUACAUUUUUAUUGUAAUUAAUUAUAAUUAUAUUUGCCUGCACAUUCAACGCAAUCGACUCAAUUUUGGCUUAAACAAACAGAUCAGUUUCCAAUCAACUUGAGCCCAAUUUUGUUUAAUUCAUUUUAUUAGGCAUAUAGAGUAUUAUUAACAAAGGCUCUCCUUUGGUAAACUUAAUGUAAUUUUCAUGUGUCUUCAUUAAACAUUCUCAUUAUUUUUGGUUUAAUUUUUACAAUAAACAUUUCGAAAACU